AUGCCGCGCCGCGACGAGGACUUCGCCUCGAGCAACCUGGGCUUCUUCCUCUUCUUCUUCGCCGUUUCCUGCGGCUUCACGGCGUCGCAGGAGCUCAUCGUGUCCACGCCCGGCUUCAAGCCCCUGCACCGCGGCUUCCUCACGCUCUCCCACAGCGCCGCCUACGUUUUACUCGCGGCCGCGGAGCUCGCGCGCGCGGGCUGGACGUGGCGCGAGCGGACGACGCCGCUGGGGCACUACGCCGCCGUCGCGGUGCUGAGCUUCGUCGGCGUCUACGCGGCGAACGCGAGCCUCGGCUACGUCGACUACUCGACGCGCGUCAUGUUCAAGUGCGCCAAGCCCGUGCCGACGAUGGCCCUGAGCACGCUGCUGUUGAAGAAGGCGUACGCGCCGUUCGAGUACGCGGGCGCGCUCCUCCUCGGCGCGGGGCUGGCCAUCGCCAUCGUCGGCGACGGCGCGGGCGCGAAACGGCCGCCGGGCGCGUCCGGGAGCCACUUCUUCCUCGCCGGCGCGGCCUGCGCGGGCGCGUCGGUCGUCGCCGACGCGCUCGUCUCGACCUACGAGGAGGCCAAGAUCUUCUCGCGGGAGCGCGCGCCGCGGCCCGCGGAGCUCAUCUUCUUCACCUACGCCAUCGCGGCCUGCUGGUCCGGCGCGGUGUUUGUCGCGUCCGACGAGCCGCGCCACGCGGUCGCGUUCUUUCGCGAGAGGCCCUCGAUCCUCGCGAAGAUGGCCGCGUCGGAGCUCUGCGGCUACCUGUCGAUCUCCUGCGUCGUCCGCAUGGUCGGCCGCUUCGGCGCGACGCACGCGGAGUUGGUCAAGACGGCGCGCAAGGGCGUCACGCUCGCCUUCUCCUUCGCGGCGCUCGAGGGCAAGACGCCGGGGAUCCCCCACGUCGCGGGCUCGGGCCUCUUCGCCGCGGGCGCGGGGCUGUCCGUGUGGGCCAAGGACCGGAAGCGGCGGCGCAUCGCGGCCGCCGAGCGCCGCAGUCCUAGAGGCGCGUGA